CAGUCGCGUAAUGGCGUUCGCUCUUGGGGACGUGAUUCGCUUCGACCGCGGGCAGUACAGUCACCUGGCGCUGUAUGCGGGUGGCGGUCGAGUGGUUCACUUAUGGGGAGAGAGCGACUUCCAAGUGCGCGUGGACUCCAUCGGCUUCGUGCAAAGGUCCGCUGGUUCCGGCGCCGAGCCGCCCGAGAAGUUUUCGGACGAGCUGGACGAGAAAAUGUUUGCAGAUCACAAUUUGCUCCCAUUUAACGGCGACGAGGUGGUACAACGAGCCAUGUCGAGGCUCAGAGAGACACAGUACGAUUACCUCGCGCACAACUGCGAGCAUUUCGUGACGUGGGCGCGUUACGGAUUCGGAGCGUCACCUCAGGUGACCUCCAAUGCGAAUCAAGUGCUGGCAGGGGCCAUGGUGGGGGCUGUAGUCGGUGGCAUGGCUGGCUUUGUAGUGGGCGGGCUCAUCUCGUUGUUUGCCAAGGCCGACGCACUUACAACGUCGGUAGGUACUGGUGCGUCCAUGACAUCGGCGACAACCUCGUUGAGAGAUGAUGAUGAAGAAGAGGUGGAUGAACGCGUGCGUCAAGCUGCUCGUGAGUUACUGUGGAAUGGAUUACCGGCAUCGUGUGCUCCAGCAGCGAUGGACGCGAUGACGCAGAUGGAAAAUUGGGUCGAGACACGUCGUCGUUGUGCUGCGAAGGAUUCCGAGAGGAAAUACUCGGGGGAACGACACAAUACGCUGGCGAACCGCCUGGUCGAAGAAGAAUUGCAGUGUAGCAUUUGCUACUCGGACUUGCUGCGUGUGCGCGCGGUGGCGUUCCCGUGCGAUCAUUUCACUUGCGCGGUGUGCUAUGCAGCAUUUCAAGGAGAGAAAUGUUGUCCGUACUGCCGUCUACCGAUUGCGAAUGUGGAGGAGAUCCACAAAUCCACGAAACUUCAUGCGAAACAUCUUCUGCGUUGGGACGACGAGUGAUAGUUGCGAGGCUCGCUUCUC